GUUUUUCCCGUGACGCUCCGCGGCGCGGGCAGUUUGUAGCUAAUGGCGGUUGCUUGGUCUCCAAGUAGUUGCAAAGGAUGCUCCUCUACUAGCUGUGCAUGUGGCGACAAGGGCAAGUGGAGCGACUCCUUGCUGUUAGGCAAGCGGCUCUCAGAAGACUCUAGCCGCCAACAGCUGCUGCAGAAGUGGGCGAGCAUGUGGAGUUCCGUGAGCGAGGACGCGUCGGUGGCCUGCACGGAAAGGACCCGGAGCGAGGAGGCUGCGAAGACCGCGGACGAGGAGGACAGGCCGCUGGUGUUUCUGUGCUCUGGCUGCCGGCGGCCUCUGGGAGACUCCCUGAGCUGGGUGACGAGCCAGGAGGACACCAACUGCAUCCUGCUGCGUUGUGUUUCCUCCAAUGUUUCUGUGGAUAAGGAGCAGAUACUGUCCAAGCGCAAAAAUGAAAAUGGUUGCAUCCUGGAGGCUCUGUACUGUGCAGGAUGUUCACUCAACCUUGGCUACGUGUACAGAUGCACACCCAAGAACCUAGACUACAAGAGAGACUUGUUUUGCCUCAGUGUUGAGGCCAUCGAAAGUUAUAUUUUAGGGUCCGCUGAAAAGCAAAUUGUGUCAGAAGAUAAAGAGCUUUUUAAUCUUGAAAGCAGAGUUGAAAUAGAAAAAUCUCUAAAGCAGAUGGAAGAUGUUUUGAAAGCAUUACAAACAAAGCUGUGGGAGGUUGAAUCAAAAUUGUCCCUUACCAGUUGCGAAAGCUGAAGUCUGUUUUAAAUUCCCCACUCUGGAGUCCUCCGCCAAUGGAUAUUCUUCCAUAUGUAGCGAUUCUUAUUAUAAUUUACUUUUUUUAGAACCAAAAGAAUUUGAAGUGGUCCUGUACCUUGUAUUCUCUUGUACCGAUCGACUGAUCAAAUGAGAAGAACGUAGAAUGACCUUUCUGGCUGUUUUUGAUGGUAAAGAGAUGGUUGUCUCCUAAAUUCCAAUUUUAGAGUCAUGAUACCUGUCGGAAGUGAAAUUCAGUUUUUAUUUUGGGUAACAAAGUGCCAUAAUUUUCAGAAUGGUUUUCUCCUCUGUACCAAAUCCACUAUUCUUUAUUUCCUUUUUUUUUUUUAAACUUUAUUUCACCUUUAAUGCUUGAACAACAUUUAAUGUCAAAUGGUAAGAAACUUAGAGGUUUUCCACCCACUGUGUGGCUGAAUCUUCUCUGAAAACUAAGGCAUACAACUCUCUGGAGAAACGGGUCAGUUGAGCUGUGUGUCAGAACUAUUUGAAACUUGGUCCAAGAGCCGAAUGGCACGUAUCCUAGUAGGAGUAGAAUUCCGUUUGAUCCUGUGUAUUUACUACAGGAUGCCCCCUAAAUCUGACAAAAUAUCUACCAAAGGGAGUAACAGUCAUCUCUGAGGGUGGAAUUCGGGGUCGUUUUCAGUUUUCCAAUUUUCUCUAAUGUAGACUUAGAAAAAAUAAAGGAGAAAAUAAAGAUUCAAACAAAAUGCUUUACAA